CCGAACAGAAAUUUAGUGACCGCAUAUCAACAUCCUGGUAACAUUGUAAUCGGAUCAGCUGAAGAUCCGUAGGUCGUAUGGAACUUGACCAGCAGUAUGGUGACCUAGCACAAAAAGAAAAUGCCAUCUACAGUUCUGUUUUUAUCACCACUUCGGAAAGCCAGUGGAAACCAUUCCACAAUACAAAGAAUCAGAACACUUCUAGAAUCAGAUGCACUUAACUGUCUGCAAUGGGAUCCAGCUGAUUUCCAUAAUGAAGAAGAAUUUCUUUCCAAAUUAAAGGAAAGUCCUGUGGACUUUAUCAUAGCAUUACAUGCUUAUAGAGCCGGGCAAUUCCUUUCUGCUAAAGUACCUGUUGAAUACAUACUGAUAUUUGGCGGCACAGACAUCAACCAGUUUCACGAGGAUAACAACAAACUGAGGUUGAUGACUCGAGCUGUGAAGGCAGCAAGAUACGUUAUUACAUUCAGUGCCCAAAUGAUGGACAGGGCUCUUCAGAUCUGGGCAAGUGCUGUUAAAUGAGUUAUUUCUAUUUAGACUUCGUGACAACACUUGAAUUUUUCAUUAGAGUAACGCCCUUCCUUUUCCUUUCAGCCUGAUUUGGACCAAUCCAAAGCAGUUACAAUUAAACAAGGUAUACAAACUAUGCCGUCUUCUUUGAAUCUGCGAGACGUUUUAGUGGAGCGAGGGCACGUGUCAUCUCCUGAGGCGGGAAAAGCCUAUAUUUUCCUGUUUGUUGGUAGCAUACGACCCGUCAAGGAUCCACUGUAUC